CACACUCGAAGAAUUGAUUUCGUCGUCCUUCCGCCUUCGUAAAAUGCAGAGGCGGUUUCUUUCGUCCUUCCCCGCCGGCGCCGGCGGAGGCAAAACCCUAAAUCACCGGAGAUGGUGUGCUAAGCAGGUGAAGAAAUCUAACUUCCAAGAUACCAUUGAUGAAGUUCGUACUUGCAUCGAUUCGUCGGACUUCGUCGCCGUCUCGCUGCAGAACACCGGUUCGUACGCCGCCGCAUGGCACCGUGUCUCCGCCUUGGACACGCCCGAGACAGCUUACAUGAAGGCAAAGUACGCCGCCGAGCGCUACCAGAUUUUCCAGUUCGCGCUCUGUCCUUUCACGAUUCGCGGUUCCAGACUCACAGUUCAGCCGUAUAACUUCCAUUUGUUUCCUCGGGACGAAUUGAAGUUAGGGAUGCCCUCUUACAGCUUCUCUUGUCAAGCUUCUCGUUUGACGGCCAUGGCGAGAGAAGGGUUUGAUUUCAACACCUGCAUUUACGAAGGAAUAUCAUAUUUGUCCAGAGCACAAGAGUCAGCUUCAAAAUUCAUCUCGGGGAAUCCGGUAUUAGCAGAUCCUGUUACAGAGCCUUUUUCUCCAUCCACUGUAGCUGAUACAGUUUUCGUAGGAAGGGUUAGAUCACGUGUCACAAGUUGGAAACAGACUUGUACGGAUUCGAGCUCAAAGAUAGAUGAGCCUUUGGUGAAAUCUCUAAGGAGACUGGUCUUGGGAGGUGAGGAGCAUGGUUCAAGGCCAUGUUUGACCAUUGACGUCUGCAGUGAGCGUCAAGUGCAACUUAUCCUAGAGAUGUUGGCUGAGUUCUCUGAUGACAUUGUCCCUCUACUAAUCCCUGGAAAGGGAAGAGGAACGCAAGCAGUUCGUGCUGUCCUUACGAGUUCAGAGGAGGACAAGGAACUUUUUAAGAAGGAGCUUCGUGAUCUUGAAAGUGAACAAAAUAGGCGAGUUCGUGGCUUUCGAGAGGUGGUCGAGUUGAUUUCUACUUCAAGGAAACCUGUUGUGUCCCAGAAUUCCCUUAAUGAUUUUACUUUCAUUCAUGCCAAGUUCCUAGCUCCUCUACCUUCAAAUGUGGACGAGUUCAAUAGUUCACUGAGCUCAGCUUUUCCCAACAUUGUAGAUCUCAGUCAGUUGAUGAAAGAAAUUAGUCCCCUGCGAAAUAUAACUAAUGUAUCUGCAGCUAUGUCCUGCAUGAAUCGGUUCUAUGCACCUGUGGAUGUGGAAGUCGCAAAUCAAGGUUCUCCAGUUAAACUAGCUGAAGACCAUCAGAUCCAUGGGCAAAACUCAUUGAUGAUAUCUCUGUUGUUUGCAAAACUAUGUAUGGUACUGAAAGCAGAACCAGCUACCAUACAAUCAAGUGACAAUUUCCAAGCUUUUGGUUCUGAUGAGUAUGCAAAUACCAUUGACCCAUGCAGUGGUAACCCAAGCGAUGAAAAUGUCAGAAUAUGGUCAAGGAACAGUCGGAGAGUAAAGUCUGAAAAUUUGGUGUUCUUAUGGGGGUUAGGGAAAAAGAUGAGUGCCGCAGUGCUGAAGAAUGUCCUUCAGAAGUUACACCCUGUUUUUGCUGAAGAGUUUGAUGUUAAGUUCAUAGAUAAAAGCUGUGCAAUUGUCGUAUUCUGGAAUCCGGGUUUUUCAGAGACAUUUCUGAACGCAGUCACUAACGGAGAGCAACUCAGUGAUACCUUAAAGGAGAUGGUUGCGGAAGGGCUAAGAGCAACAGGUUAUGAUACUUUCAAAAGAGCAUGCAGAUUAGGCUUCUGGGAAUCCGAUUUGGCAGAUGCUUUGGACAAAGCAUUAGAAUCUGCUGAUGCUGAAGCGGAUUCUGAAACAGAGGCAUCAGAGAUAGACAGGACAAGAGAGUUGAUGAUCAACUUUGAUGAACUAUGAAUAAGUUGAACACUCGAACAGCUCUUUGAGAGUAGAAGUUUCUUCCAUUACCGAAACCAAUAUAUAUGCCUUCGAAACCAUUAUUUUCUACCAGCUCAAGAUCUUGUGCAACAAAUUGUUUCGCAAAUUUUGUCACUAUUGUGUCAGCCGACGCUUCUUUCAUUCGUCAAGUUCUCGUGCAACAAAAUGACCGCAGAAUCAUCCUGGAUUCGGAAAAAGUCCUUCACAAGCUCUACAUUUUGUUGUUCUGCUGCAUUUUAGAGUUUACAGAUAUUUGGUGGAAAUUGAGAUUCUCUCCUAUUGUAACUCCCUAUUAUAGAGCUUUGAGAAUACAGCUUCAGAAGAUCUCACUGAGUUAUAUGUACGAUUGGAAGUACAUGGAAUGAAAGAAAACUCAGAGUUUUACAAGUUA